GCGAGCUGAGGAGCAGUUUCGUUUCGCGAAAAGCUCACAUAUGCGAUAUCAUGUGUAUCCAUCGCUCAUGUAUCCAAACCAUGAGUUAAGCCCGCGUAAACUGUAGUUCUGAACGGGCAUCCAGCCUUUGAGCGGUUUUCUGGUAGCUGGAGAAGGUGAAAGCCGAAGCUAAGGCAAAAGCUAGAUCUGACCAAGGCAAUCCGCUGUCUAUCCCAAGUGGUCAGUUUUCGCUACUCGUGGCAGCAUAUAUGGUGCACUCUCGCCGAAAGUUGCGUCGAUUUUCACGGGAGUUUUUCUGAUUUUUCUCCCUGACCCUAUCGUGAGAUGUCGGCAUCGUGUCUAGCAUAGGGGAUGGACGUCGGACGUGGUAGCAACCUGUUCAUCGUUAGUUAGGGAGUUUUUCCCCGUUUUGUUUGCGGCUUGCUCUGCUCCCCCGCGUAAAGCCGCGUCGGCGUCUUGUUCACUUGGUCUGCUCCAAUUGACUGAGGUAUUUGAAGGAGUAACCCCUCAGUUGUGGAAAUUUCUUCUUACUCCCCGCGUGCAUAGCAGCCGAUAGGUUUUUCGCUAGGUUUUUCCGGAUGCCAGGAUCCCCAGUUUUCACUACGAAUCGAAGUGUCAGUCGUGUCGGACGGGUUUUUCGCGACACUCCCAACCAGAGUGUGGAAAUUGUAGUAUCCAAUUGUUGUUGCUUUUGUCCUAUAUCUUAGGAGAACACUCUUACCACUGUUUUCUAGGGUGGUAGGAAGCAUUGAGUGCAACAAUUGAAAGUUUUUCAAUCCUUCCUAGCACUGCUAACGGGAAGGUUUGAUUCGUUCGUGUAUUAUCGGAGUUGGGAUUUUUCAGUAAAUGCGACUCUAGGGAAGUUAUCCUUUUCCCGUCGAAGGCUUUGUUUGUGGCCAAACAUUGAAUUUUACAUCUACCGGUGGAUCAAUUUCGUUGAAUGGUUUGAAAAUUAUAGUGGUCACCGUCGUGACUCGUUCUCGUGUACGGUUCGCUAUUUGGCGCGUUCGGUUGAGUAUCCCUGAAAGCGUAGUGGCUGUUUAAGUGUUAACAGUGCUAAAGAGUUAAGUUCAAAGCCCUACUCCUGGUGCAUUGAUCCGUUUGCUAUUCCCUCUGCUGCAAUCCUUACAGAAACGGUUCAAUUUCGGAGCCAAUUUGUGUGUGUCUCUUGGAAAUUUAUCCAAUAAUAAAAAGCAUAUCCAUUCAAUUAAUUUGUUAAUAAGCUAAAAAGUAAAUAAUAUCAGCCAUGGCAGAAAAUGAAAAUAAUGAAAAUAAUGUUGAGGAGAAAUCAGAGAAUAAGAUGAAGAAUCGGAUCCGUAAGGGAGCCGUCAAAAAGAAGAAUGUCUUCAAAGUAAAGGAUCAUCACUUCAUUCCACGAUUCUUCAAGCAGCCAACAUUCUGCUCUCAUUGCAAGGAUUUUAUAUGGGGGUUCGGUAAACAAGGAUUCCAGUGUCAAAUUUGUUCGUUUGUCGUACAUAAACGUUGUCACGAGUAUGUCACAUUCACAUGCCCGGGAAAGGAUAGGGGCGCUGACUCCAUAUUCCGGCGUUGUCAUAAAUGGCAAAAUUACACAUUUAUAGCCCCGACAUUUUGCGAUCAUUGUGGUACUUUGCUACAUGGUCUAACACACCAGGGCCACAAAUGCCAAGUAUGUGAUAUGAACGUACACCAGCGAUGUCAGGAGAGCGUUCCUAAUUUGUGCGGCUUGGAUCACACCGAACGACGUGGCAGGAUUCUUCUCAAGCUAUUUGUGAAGGGAAGCGUAUUAACUAUUGAAGUUAAAGAAGGAGCCAAUCUCAUUCCUAUGGACCCUAAUGGGUUGAGUGAUCCAUAUGUAAAAACAAAGUUAACACCAGACGAAUCAGAUAAGACAAAAAAGAAAACCAAAACAAUCAAAGCUUCGUUAAAUCCGGUGUGGAAUGAAACAAUCACAUAUGAUCUCAAAUCCGAGGACAAGGAUCGCAGAGUCCACAUCGAAGUAUGGGAUUGGGACAGAACAUCUAGAAAUGAUUUCAUGGGAUCUCUCUCGUUCGGAAUUUCAGAAAUUAUCAAGAAUCCGGUGGAUGGUUGGUAUAAGCUUCUCACACAGGAAGAAGGUGAAUUCUACAAUGUUCCAUGCACCGAUGAGAUAACAGAUCUCUCGAAACUCAAGAAUCAAAAACCAUCAACUAGGCGGGCACCACCACGUACCGACAGAGACGUUCCACAUAAUGUCACAAAGCUUGAUAUGAUUCGAGCUUCAGACUUUAACUUCCUUAAAGUGCUAGGAAAAGGAUCAUUUGGAAAGGUCCUAUUAGCUGAAAGGAAAGGUACUGAUGAACUCUACGCCAUUAAGAUCUUGAAAAAGGAUGUUAUUAUCCAAGAUGAUGAUGUUGAGUGUACUAUGGUUGAAAAAAGGGUACUGGCAUUGGCGGAAAAGCCUCCGUUUCUUGUACAGCUUCAUUCGUGCUUCCAAACUAUGGAUCGUUUAUUCUUCGUUAUGGAAUAUGUUAACGGCGGUGAUCUUAUGUUCCAAAUUCAACAGUGUGGUAAAUUUAAGGAACCAGUUGCAGUAUUCUAUGCAGCUGAAAUUGCUAUUGGACUAUUCUACCUUCAUAACAAAGGAAUCAUCUAUAGAGAUUUGAAAUUGGAUAACGUACUCCUGGACGCAGAUGGCCACGUGAAAAUUGCUGACUUCGGAAUGUGCAAAGAAGGGAUAAAUGGCGAUAAAACAACUAAAACAUUUUGUGGUACUCCAGACUAUAUUGCACCCGAGAUUAUCCUCUAUCAACCAUACGGCAAAUCAGUAGACUGGUGGGCAUACGGAGUCCUUCUCUACGAAAUGCUUGUCGGACAGCCCCCAUUCGAUGGCGAGGACGAAGAAGAACUUUUUGCAGCAAUAACAGAUCACAAUGUAUCAUAUCCUAAGAAUUUAAGUAAAGAAGCCAAGGAAGUGUGCAAGGGCUUGCUGACCAAACAACCACCGAAACGUUUAGGAUGUGGAUCAACCGGAGAAGAGGAAGUUCGUGGUCAUCCAUUCUUUAGGCGAAUUGAUUGGGAGAAAAUUGAGAAUCGUGAAGUUCAGCCACCGUUUAAGCCGAAGAUUAAACAUCGUAAGGACGUAUCAAAUUUCGAUCGACAAUUCACAUCAGAAAAAACAGAUUUAACACCAACCGACAAAUUAUUCAUGAUGAAUUUGGAUCAAACGGAAUUUGUUGGAUUCUCAUAUUUGAACCCAGAGUUCAUCACACAUAUCUAAACAAAGAAAAACUUUAUUUAAAUGCCAAUAAAUGUAUGUAACGAUAAAAUCAUAAAAAUUUCUUCAAAAUAAAUAAAUCAAUGUGAAUAUCUCAUUCAAUAUUCACACAAAAAAAAACAUAGUCGACGAUAUUCAAUGAAAAACAUUCUUGAAGAAGAAAAUUAAGAAAAUGAAAAAUAAAACUUUCCAAAAAGUAUGAAUAAUUAUAUUAGUAAUGUUUUCGAAAUUAAAAUAUAUAUAAAAAUGAUAAUUUGACUUAAAACAAUCAAAGCAAAUAAUUUCAAAAAAUUAAAAAAUAAAAUCUGAAGAAGAAUUAGUGGAUUUAAAAUUUAUUUUUUAAGCGGUUUAUCGGUUAGCCUUUAAGCGAAAGGAAAUACUAUCCUUUUCCUGAUUUGACAACACGAGAAAAUCAAACUCAUUUAUGCCUUAUUAUUGCUUAGUUUCGAUGAAUUAGUCCAAUUCAACCGAUAUUAUUUCCACAAUCGGAGAAAAUGUAUUGUUAUUGAAAUCGAUAUUUAUUGUUGUUCAUAUGGAAAGAAAACUAUGUUAAAAAUAUAAGCGCCAUUAAUAUUAAUUAUUAUUAAUUUAUUUAAAAUUAAAUAAAUUCGUUGACGUUACCUAAAAGAAUAUUCUUCGUUUUUAUUUUAUUUUUAUUCUUCAAUGGUUAUUUUAUUUUUUU